CAAAACCUCAGGAGCAUGUUGCGGCCUCUCCUGAAGGUUCAGAGGCAAAGCGGCAUGGACGUGAGUGGAGGGCUGGAGGAGGUGUCCGUGUCUGCGGGGCCGCAGUUCGAGGACGCCCCGGCUUUUCAGGCUUACCACUGAAAUAAGAGAUGACAGAAAGGAAAGGAAUGGCCGAGAGUUUCGUAAGGAUUUGAGUGACUUUCUACCAAUUUUAUGUCCAGUGUCUCCAUGUUAUAUAGUGAUGCUGAAGACUACAAGCAGAUUUCAGUUAAACUUAUAAUCUAUUCUUUGUUAAAGAAAGAAGCCACACACCCCAAGAUGUACAUCCUUUAUAGCCCAGAUCACGUGGCUGGAAAAGAAGGCAAACCAGACCCCUCUGAGAUUUCCUUUCCUGGCUGCAGCUGUCAUUCUGCUUCCUGUGUGGCUUCCAGUUGUUCAUGCCUUCGCUAUGGGGAAAACUAUAACGGAUUGUGUAUAAAAAGUGAUAAAAAUGGACUGAAUUUCUGCAAACCUAUUUUUGAAUGCAACACUAUGUGCCAGUGUGGAGAGCUGUGCCAAAACAGAGUAAUUCAGAGAGGCUUACAAUUCAGACUUGAAGUCUUUAAGACAGCUAAAAAAGGAUGGGGUCUUCGCACACUGGAGUUCAUCCCCAAAGGAAGAUUUGUGUGUGAAUAUGCUGGUGAAAUCCUGGGCUUUAAAGAAGCAUGUCGAAGGAUACAGCUGCAAACGCCAAGCGAUGCAAAUUAUAUUAUAGCAGUAAAGGAACACUUGUCCGAUGGGCAUAUCAUGGAGACAUUUGUGGAUCCCACUCACAUUGGUAAUGUUGGGAGAUUCCUGAACCACUCUUGUGAGCCAAACCUCUUUAUGGUCCCUGUCCGAAUAGACUCCAUGGUGCCUAAACUGGCACUUUUUGCUGAUCGUGAUAUUUGUGCAGAGGAAGAACUUACAUAUGAUUAUUCUGGAAGAUACCGUAAUUAUUCACCUGUCAAAGAUCAGGACAACCUUCCAGAAGGGGAAGCAUCUAAAAAGCUCUGUUACUGUGGGACCAAAUUGUGUACAGGUUUCUUGCCUUUUGAUAAUUCUUUAUUCUGCAACAGUGAUGUAAGAAGUCAUAAUGAGGAAACUUUGUAGAAACACAAGUGGUAGUAUUUGAUUGGUUUAAGUGUUUGCGACAUUGAUCUGUCUCUUCCUUAACAGUCUAUUGGGUGGAAAGGGGGGGAGAUAAAUGAGUGGCAGUGACAAAAAUGUGUUAGGGUUCUGGAUUUUUUACUCUGGACAGAUUUUCCACUGGUUUCAGCCCAAUCUACAUCAAUGUGGAGCCUUUGAUAGAUGAGGUAUUUUGACCUGUGACUCAGAAAAUACUGCUCAGCUCAAUUUUUCUCCGACUUGGUGCAUUGAGCAAAGAUGCUGCAGAUACAGUAGAGUCUCACUUAUCCAAGCUAAACGGGCCAGCAGAAGCUUGGAUAAGCAAAUAUCUUGGAUAAUAAGGAGGGAUUAAGGAAAAGCCUAUUAAACAUCAGGUUAUGAUUUUACAAAUUUAGCACCAAAACUUCAUGUUAUACAACAAAUUUGACAGAAAAAGUAGUUCAAUACGCAGUAAUGUUAUGUUGUAAUUACUGUAUUUACGAAUUUAGCACCAAAAUAUCACGAUAUAUUGAAAACAUUGACUAUAAAAAUGGCUUGGAUUAUCCAGAGGCUUGGAUAAGCGAGGCUUGGAUAAGUGAGACUCUACUGUAUAUCCUUUCCCUCCAUUUCUAAAUUGCUGUGCUUAUUGAAAUGAUUGGAUGUGCCCUUUCAUUAACUCAUUCAUGUGACUUCUCUACCAGAUCUACAAUUGUGAUACCUGACUGCUCAAAGCAAAUGCAAGACCCGAUAUCUGUUUUUCAGAAGCACUUUGCUUUUCUUGACUCAGUGAGAAUGUAUAUGAGUGGUUUGUCUAGUUGAUAGUCUUAAGGGAACCAGAGGCAGAGUUCCUUUGUGCCUUGUCUUGGCUCUUUACUGCAUUCAGUGGUAUGGCAUAUGAGGUUUGUUUAGGAUCUCUUCCAUUAAGCUUAUCUCUCUCCCUCAUGUCCUCAUUCUAUUUACUUGAUUUAUAUGUAAUUAGGAUGCCAUUUUUCCCAGUAUGGAAAAGUUGGGCAUCAGUGCCCUAAAACUGGUGCUAAAUGGCUGAAAUGAGGUUGGACUGGAUGCCCCUUUUUGUCUUUUCCAACUAUGAUUCUGAGUACAUUGGAGUAUGCUACUAUUUUUCCAGUUAUUAUUUUUCCUCUAAGCCAGCCACCAUCAAACUGUGGCUCUCCAGCUGUUUUGGCGUCCAACUCACAGAAGCCCUAGCAAUCUUGUUAAAUGGUCAGGAAUUCUGGGAGUUGUAGGCCUAAACCUCUGGGUGGCCACAGUUUGAGGAUGCCUGCUUUGAGCAGUGAAGGGAGUAGUUGUAAGCAAUAGCAUUGUUGCUAUGUGUAAAUAUCUGAAACAGAAAAGAGUUAUUUUUAGAAAGUGAAAUAUUUACUUCCUCUUCUGCUUUUAUCUAUGUAUGUGAAACCUCAUUUCUGUCACUGUUACGAUCUGCCAUCAAUAAAAAAAAGGGAAGGAA